UUUGCCCCCCCUUUUUUACAAUUUUUGCUUAAGGGGUUUCAAUAAAUAUGAGAAAAUCUUUUCAUAAUGACACAAGAAAAACACAAUAGAUAUUCUUCUUCUUCUCCUUCCCUUCUUUCUUCAUAUAUUCACCCUUUAAUAUUCUUCUUGCCAUGGAUAUCAAUUACAUUAAGCUCACUACAUCCACUUGGGAACCAAACAUGUCCAAUAUGGACGACCAUAUCUUCCGCGAUCAUCAUCAACAACAACAACAACAACCAUGCUUGUCCAGUAUACCAAAUGACCAUGUCUUCCACGACCAUCAUCAUCAACAACAACGACAAUUUCAUUUUGAACAUAGCCCUAUUUGGCCUAGUUUUCCUCUUCAAAACCCUCAACACCAUCACCUUCCCUCUUCCUCAAGACAAUUGCAACAACAAAAGCAACAACAAGAAGAAGAAGUUCCUUUUGAUCAUGGUUUAAACAACCAUGUUCAAACCCUAAUUGAGGAUCAUAAUGAUCAAGAAACCGAUGAUCAAGACGAAGACGAAGAAGAGGAAGAGGAGCUAGGAGCUAUGAAGGAAAUGAUGUUCAAAAUUGCAUCUAUGCAACCAGUAGAUAUUGAUCCAGCCACCAUUCGAAAACCUAAAAGGCGAAACGUCCGAAUUAGCAACGAUCCACAAAGCGUUGCAGCUAGGCUCCGCCGUGAGAGAAUAAGCGAAAAAAUUAGGAUCUUGCAAAGAUUAGUCCCCGGUGGAACCAAAAUGGACACUGCUUCCAUGUUAGACGAAGCGAUUCGCUAUGUUAAGUUCUUGAAAAGGCAAAUUCGUCAAUUACAAUCAUCAAAUCAUCACCUCCCACCAGCACAAAUACCAGUACCGCCAUGUCCUAAUAAUGAAAAUAAUUGGGCAAAUAUUGUCACACCAACAAAACCUCUAAUUCUUGGCUCCUCUAUCACUACUACUACUACCAUGCCCAAUAAUGUUACAACUUUUGUUGGUAACACUUCAUCGGAUCCUACUUAUGAGGUAAUUGGUAAUUGAAAUGAUUAUUAUAUAUGAUAAAUAUCAUUGUGUACUAAUUGGAAUUUUUAAGAAUAAAAAUAUUAAUAUAUAGAGGAAUUAAUUAUUUA